GGCUCUCGUCCAAACCAAUUCCGAACAUGUACAUUAAAGGCGACUCUCAAAAGUAUAUGUUCCGUUAUACAAGUUCUUAGCUAGACAGGAUCGAAGACACCAAUUUCAAUUGUCAUCAUAGCACCAAAGGAGCAGUAACAGCCCAGGUGUUUGGGUCCAUACAUGAUGCAUGACUCCGUAGUCCAGUCCGUCUCCACAUCUGAGCCGUCCUUGUAAAUCCAUGUGGAUAUCCUGGUCUAAGUUAUACCGUGUUCUAUUAAUCAAGACAGUGAUGUUUAAGAUCCGGGCGGUGCGUCGCGACAUGAAUAUUGGUGCACUAAUAGAAGAAGCACAUUGCUUCCCGCUUCGGUCAUUGCAGAGUCCAGACUGGGCCUCUUUGAUGGGAGCGGAGCGCCGAUAUCAGAACAUCAAAGCGCAGUUUGCGUUUCUACUCAGUUUCUACCACGGGCAUUCAUCUUGCUCGGCAAUGAAUGAUAAUACUACACUCCACUACUAUCUGCGUCCGUAUAUGUUCUUGGCGUCUGAUGUAUUUCUGGAUGUUAACCAUUCAGCUAUCACCGCUAUGUUCUGCAGUGUCUCUGGCGCUGGGCAGCCCUUCGCUCAUUCCCGUUAUAAUCAUGAACCUUCCCGUUUUCAGGGUCGGCACAAUGACACAUGCUAUGACGAAGUUGACAACUCACAUCAAGAAUCAAGUGACGGCUCGGAGGAGUGGGAAUCAGGCACUGUGAUUGCGCAGUGCAGUGUGCAAAAUACCAAAGGGCGAAAGUGCCGCAGUAAAACAAGUUGCUUCCCGGUGACUCCAUCUCCGUCGGACUCUAUCACUAAAUCGUGCAACUCCAACAGCCACUGAUCCGUUGAAUCGCCUCUCAGCUCCUACUUUGUUUUUGAUCUUCGCAAACUGAUCGGUACAACAUAUCCCCAAGGCGCAGGCACGUGCUGCAUACGUGGCAGCACGUUCAAGGGCUUGGCACCGAAGACGUGCAACUUGAGGUGGCAAAACACGCCUUUAGUUUGCAAGCGCCAUUCAGGAUAUCAUGUGCCGUACAUAAUCAUGGAAACGACCGAUUACAGUUCCGAACAUC